AUGAACACAAUACCAAACGGUGACUCAAAACUGUCACAACAACAAAAUCAAAUAAACCUUCUACAUCCCACAGCAGCAAUUCCAACAACAACCACAGCAACAACAACAACCACAGCAGCAUCAUCAGCAUCACCACCACAAUAUGGCGAAGUACCUAGAGUCAGUGGGAAUUCGUAUCUAUAUCCUGCAAGUCAUAGCAUAGGCAAUCACCCAUUGUCCCAUAUUCAUCAUCAGCAGCAGCAACAACAACAACAACAACAAUUGCAACAAUUGCAGCAGCAGCAGUUGAAACUGCAAAGGUUUUCCAAUCUCCAACAAGAUGGACAACAAUCAAAACUCCUAUAUCAUCCAUAUCCACCACAACCGCUAGCCUACCAUUCACAAGAUAUGUACAACCCCAGCCAGCUACAGCAACACCAGACGCAGCACCAGCAAUCUGAAUAUGCCCCAAAUCAGUUACAAUCACCAGAAUACGUAGUUCAUGAGAGGCAACAACAGCUACAGCAGCAAGUACAACCUCAUUUAGGGAUGGCUAGUGUGCCUAUACCUCACUACACGAUAGCAGCGGAUCAAUAUCAACACAAUAGAGAUGCUCUCCAACAGCAGCAGCAGCAGCAGCAUCAAUGGGGAGGCUACACGCAACACCCCCAGCAGCUGCUGCUGCAUCCGCAACCGCAGCAACAACAACCCCAACAACCCCAACAACAACAGCCACAAUCUACUACACAAUCUUAUUCACAACCAGUUGGCAAAUCUCCAAAACAGCCAAAGAAGCCAGGAAGAAAACCAAAAAAAGGAUCUGAGGAAGUUGAUUUCACUUCAACUUCAGCAAUUCCUAGGACAUCUCCGGCAACAUCUACAAGUCCGCCCUUAACAAACUCAACAGAGUCUAAAACGGUAACGAAAAGGUCGCGAAUGGGGUGUUUGACAUGUCGUCAUCGUAAGAAAAGAUGCUGUGAGACCAGGCCAAGAUGUACUGAAUGUUCAAGAUUAAGAUUGAAUUGUACCUGGCCAAAACCAGGAACCGAACACAAGAACAAACCAAAGGAUCAAAAGGAGGAUGAGAAUACUAUUGAUCACGAGAUUUAUGGUCGAAUUAAAGUGUUGAGAGGAAUCGUGGAAUACCGAAGUUUGCCCAAGAUGUCGGUUGAAACCAAGAGUCUAAGAGAUAGACAGAUUUCUAUCUUGGAGAGGAUGCUCCAUUUGAAUAAAGAGGGUUCUGCCGACCUAACGUUGGCUUCCAAGUCGGAGGAGAUAAUAUGGAAGGUUUUGGUAAUGGAUGAAAAGUCAAGAGACAUUCUUUCCUCGGUACUUCGCGUCAACGAUUUGCUCCGUUGUGGAAUCACGGUGCAUGCUUUGGUUAACAAGAGAAGAUCUAAGUUACCUGAUGUUCCUGUUAUAUAUUUCAUUGAGCCAACAAGAGAAAACAUUUCCAUUGUGAUUGAUGAUUUGAAUGAAGACAAGUAUGAGAAUUUUUACAUUAAUUUUACAGCCCAUAUUGAUAGAGACCUCUUGGAAGAUUUUGCUAAACAAGUGGCACUACUGGGAAAGGCUAACCGUAUUAAGCAAGUUUGGGACCAGUACUUGGAUUUUAUCGUUACUGAACCCAACUUGUUUUCUUUGAAUAUCUCAGACAUCUUUACAAAAUUCAAUACUUCGCGAACCUCGGAGGAGGAGAUACAUCAAUUAGUUGGAAAGAUUGCCGAUGGUAUAUUAUCCUUGAUUAUAACUAUGGAUGUUGUACCUAUCAUACGAGCACAGCAUAAUGGACCAGCCGAGUUUGUUGCGCAGGAAUUGGACUUGAAAAUUAGGGAACAUAUAAGCAAUUCAAAACUGCUGGGUAGUGGAUUUGAUACCAAUGGCUCGAGCUUGAGUCAAAGACCUGUGAUUAUUUUGUUGGACAGAAAUUUCGAUUUGGCUUCGAUGUUUGCUCAUUCAUGGAUAUACCAAUGUAUGGUUAGCGAUGUUUUCCAAUUGAAAAGAAAUACAAUCAAAUUGAUUAAACUGGGGAAAAACGAAGGCGGUGGUGGCGGUGGCGGUAAUGAAGGCAGUGGCGAGACACCAGUGAUAAAAAACUAUGAUAUUGAUCCUCGUGAUUUUUUCUGGAACAAGUAUUCCCAGUUGCCAUUCCCUGAUGUCGUUGAAAAUGCUGAUUUGGAAUUAAAUUUGUACAAACAAGAUGCAAAAGAGAUUACAAACAAAACAGGGAUCAGCUCAUUAGACGAUAUCGAUCCGAAUGCUAAUGCCACUGCCAAUAUCCAACAAGCAGUGGAAAAGUUGCCAGAGUUGACAGCUAGAAAAGCUACAUUGGAUAUGCACAUGGAUAUUUUAUCAUGUUUGAUCAACGAGUUGCAAGAAAAAAAUUUGGAUACAUAUUUUGAAAUUGAACAAAAUGCAAGCAACAACGAUGCGAAAAACAUGAAGGAGUUUUUCGAAUUAUUGCAAAAGGACUCCACAAAGGAUAGCUCAGUGGAUAAAUUGAGAACUUUGAUUAUAUUGACAUUAGUUGGUAACUUGAGUCUGGAAAAUAUUUCCAAAGCUAAAACAACUCUAAAGAACAAGUAUCCUGAGCUCAACAUGGACGCGUUUGAUUAUAUACUCCAAUUUAAAGAUAAUUCUAAACUCACAAAUUUAUCAUCAUCAUCAUCCUUGUCAUUAUUAAACGACUCAAACAACCAAAAGUCAUAUGCCAACUCGUCAACUGCAUCACAUUUAAACUCAUCUGCCCUAUUGAGCGGGUUGUCAUCUAAGCUAUAUGGUUUAACUGAGGGGAAAAUCUCCGAAGGUAUAAGUUCUAUUGCAUCGAGGAUCAAGAAUUUCAUUCCUGAAAAAAAGUUGUUGCCAAUUACAAACAUUGUUGAGGCAAUUAUGGAUCCUCAGAACUCUUCUGCCCAAUCGGUACAAUUGACAGAUGACUACCUCUACUUUGACCCCAAAUCACGCGGCGGUGGCCAUUCUAAGCAACCUAAGCGCCAAUCAUACGAAGAUUCGAUUGUUUUUGUAAUUGGAGGUGGCAAUUACCUCGAGUACCAAAAUUUACAAGAGCGAAGUCAUGAACCAGGGAAACCAACAAAAAAUAUCAUAUACGGAAGCACAAACAUUUUGUCCUCUAAAGAGUUUUUGAAAGAGUGUGAAAAUUUGAUAAAGUAA